CUCCUUACUCUUCAUUUCCUUCAUUUUGAUCCAAUCAUCAUCAAACCCGGGCUUGGAUUUCGAUCUCAACAAAGAAUACAAACACAUGGCUGGGGUGCACGUAAAUGAUGAUUGCAAGGUCGCGUUUAUGGAGAUGAAAGCAAAUAAGACUUACAGGUACAUCUUGUUCAAGAUUGAUGAGAAGGCUCAGGAAGUUCAAAUAGAAAGGCUUGGGUAUCCAGAUGAGAGUUAUGAUGAUUUCACAAACUCCUUCCCGGCGAAUGAAUGCCGAUACGCAAUCUAUGAUUUUGAUUUCACCACUGAGGAUGUUUACCAGAAGAGCACGAUCUUUUUCAUUGCAUGGUCACCUGAUACAUCAAGAGUAAGGAGUAAGAUGUUGUAUGCAAGCUCAAAGGAUAAGUUCAGGAGAGAAAUGGCUGGAAUCGAAGUUGAACUGAAAGCAACUAAUCCUAGCGAGAUGAGCCUCGACAUCCUCAAAGAACGAGCUCGAGAGCACAAUCAUUAAACAAUAUUCUAAAGCAACUACUGCAUCCUUUGGAUAUUUCUGAAAGGUUUCGUAUGUUUCAUUUCCCUUUGGAUAUUUCUGCUAUUUUGCAAACAGUUUGUGUGGAUUCAACGUCUUAAAAUUAUUGUUGUUGUUUUUGUUUCAUAAGCAAUAAAAAUAAAACUUAAGAAUUUAAUGUAAGAUGUAUUUGGUUUUCCCUAUUAUAUGAUACUAUAGUUUUCCGUUUACUGUUUAUUACUAUUAUUAUUAUUUUUUAAACAGGAGGUUCGAAGGCGGACACGGUGGCACCAACGCCUCGCUUAACUCAACCAACUAAUUUCGUUUUCUGUUUAAGUAUUGACAU